CCGAAGUACCCACAGCAGCGGACGAACGGACGGACGGAACUCGGCGUUUCUCCAACAUCACCAACUGCUUCAGACAGAGACGCCGCCACCGUCGACCAUCGCGCACAACGAGGCGCGCCCGGUGCUUAGCCGCACAUGGAGCCGCCGCACGCAUUCGACGCCGCCGCCGACAACAAGCCGCGACUCCAACUGCCGGCAAGCUGCGACCCCCCGUCAGCGACCUCACCCACGAAGCAACUCGUAUGGAUCAUCUUCGGAGGCACCGGCCACAUGGGCCGCUCGCUAGUCAAGUGUGCGCUCUCCCGCGGUGACCUCGUCACCUCUGUGGGCCGCGUCUUCGAGUCCCGCCCUGAGGAUAUGGCCGGCAUCCACGCCAACUGCCUCGGCAUGCUCUGCGAUGUCCGCUCCCGCGAUUCCGUCGCCUCUGUUGUCCAACAGACCCUGCAUCGCUUCCGUCGCAUUGACGUUGUCGCCAAUUGCUCUGGCUACGGCGUCAUAGGCUCUUGUGAGGACCAGGACGAGCACGACGUGCGCAAUCAAUUCGAGACAAACUUUAUGGGAACCGUCCACAUCAUUCAUUCAACCCUGCCGUACUUUCGCAGGCAGAAUACCGGCCGCUAUCUCAUCUUCAGCUCAACCUCUGGCGCCUUAGGCGUCCCGGGCUUGGGUCCCUACUGUGCGUCCAAGUACGCCGUCGAGGGUCUCAUCGAGGCCAUGCUUUAUGAGACGGAUGCCUACAACAUCAAAGCCACUCUCAUCGAGCCUGGCCUGGUGAGGCGCGAUGAGCCCGAUACGGGCGAGAGCCCUCUGCCCACUUGGGGUCAUUUCCUCAUCAAGCCCCCCAGCGAUGACUACGCCCACGCCACCUCGCCUGCCCUUCAUGCCAAGAGGAUGGUGCAAUGGCUCGGAGAUCGCCAGCCCACUAGCGCAGUCAAGUGCGCUGAGCUUGUCUGGCAGCUGGCUCACUGCUCCUACCCACCCUUGCGACUGCUUCUCGGCAGUUAUGCCAUCGAAAGCAUUCGCGACCGCAUGCGCUCAGUCACGGAAGAACUUGAGGAUUGGAAACAUCUUAACUUCCCCGCCCCUCAAGAAAACGAUAAGGACUUGAUUCGAGACAGCGGAUCGAGCGAUCAUACAAUUUUAAAUACUCUAUCCUAAAGCCAAGCCGAGCUAUUCAAAUAUUUUCUUGUUGUAUAUAUGUAUCAAAGUCAUAAUAGUAUAACUAUGUAGUUUUCUUCAAGCU